CUCUGACUUGGCAAGCCCGGCUGGUAGCGUUUGCUCUCCGCUCUGCUCUGUCCUAAGCCGCCGAGUGGCUGGACUUGACAUCUCGGACUCCCAGGUUCUGAAGCCAUCCCAGAACCAGCCCGCAUCCUGCACCAGGAAGAGCCGCCUAGGGGAGGGAGAGAAGACCACCGCCCAGAGGGAGGAGCGCCCACCGCCCCACCAGACAAGGAUGGGGCAGGCUGAGAAGGACCCCUUGCUCUGCGUUUAGCGUUGAAGACUCCGGAGACUCUUUCUGUUUGGGGGAGGGGGGUGUCUACUACGAGUUUUGGCCAGGAUGAAAAGCAAAUAGAAAGGGAAAGGGAAAAGCCUCCAGAUAUGAUGCUUUAGCCCAGCGGAUGCUCAGAGGGCUGAGGGGCGGAUAUGCUCCCUGUGUUUUUGCUCUGCAGGUCCCUGGGGCGGCUGGUCCCCUCUCUGGCCGGAGUAUGGGAGCCGAAGCUCUGUGGAAGCUGCUGCGACUUCAUCCCAGGAGCCAGCGGGGUUAAAGGGAUCUAGCCCGAGCUCGGAGCCCAUGGACUGUGGAUUUACAUAGUGAUUCCCUUUGAUGUUGAAUGCAGAAGCUAUCCCUCCCUCCCCCCCAUUCCCCUUUGGGAUGCAGUAAGUGAUGCCCAGUUCUACUGCAAUGGCAAUUGGAGCUCUCUCAAGUUCCCUCCUGGUAACAUGCUGUCUAAUGGUUGCCCUCUGUAGCCCGGCCAUACCUCUGGAAAAACUGGCCAAGACUCAGGACAAACAGGAGAUUAAAACCAAUCAAGAGAAGAGAGACCACACAGCCCGGGACACUCAGAGCCAGACAGGCCCAGGGAAAAUGAAUGAAAUCACUAGGAAUGGGCGGGAGGAGGGCAGCUCCAGGGAUGGGAAGAGCAAAGGAAGCCGAAAUUAUUCCAACAAAGAGUCUUGGAGCAAACAGAAACAGACUUGGAAUAGCCAAGGGAUGAGCAGUAAGCCUGGGAAUUUGCAAGCCCAAGAGCCAGGGGAUAGUGUUCAGGAAGAAGCUCUCACUGCAGAAGAUGCAUCUCUUCCCGAAGCCCUGGCUACCCCUGAACCCCCUGAGGAGUAUGCCUAUCCAGACUACCGAGGGAAGGGCUGUGUGGAUGAGAGUGGCUUUGUUUAUGCUAUUGGAGAGAAGUUUACUCCUGGCCCUUCAGCCUGCCCUUGCCUUUGCACUGAGGAGGGACCGCUGUGCAUUCAGCCUGAGUGCCCAAGACUCCACCCUCGCUGCAUCCACGUAGAUACCAGCCAGUGUUGUCCUCAGUGCAAAGAGAGGAAGAACUAUUGUGAGUUCCGGGGAAAGACGUACCAAACUCUAGAAGAGUUCAUGGUCUCUCCCUGCGAGAAAUGCCGCUGUGAAGCCAGCGGUGAAGUGCUUUGUACUGUGUCGGCUUGUCCUCAGACGGAAUGUGUGGACCCUGUGUACGAGCCAGAUCAAUGUUGUCCCAUCUGCAAAAAUGGCCCAAACUGUUUUGCAGAAACCACUGUCAUUCCUGCUGGAAGAGAAGUGAAGACAGAUGAAUGCACUAUAUGUCACUGUACUUAUGAAGAAGGCACUUGGAGAAUUGAACGGCAAGCAAUGUGUACCAGACAUGAAUGCAAGCAAAUGUAGAAAAUCUACAAAUCCAAGUACUCUAAUGUUUUGGGGUUUUGUUUUGUUUUUUUACAAAAAAAAAUUCACUUCAGAUGAC